AUGCGUUCUUUCACUGUUGCGGUUGCGGCCGCCAGCGUUGCGGCCGGCCUUACUAUCCAUGCCACAAAUACGACGGCUUCUGGAAACCAUGCGAACUUUUUCCUCGACGAUUCCAUCGAUGGCCAAGGCAUGUACGCCGCGUCCGUGAUUGAGGCUUGCAAUCCGCUGGAGACCGUCUACGCAAUUCAGUGUACCGGUGUCGCAGACGACGACUAUUAUGUCGACUCCCGGACGUGUGGUUCCGACGCUCCGACCCUCACCGUCACGGCCGGACCCUCAACGUAUUUUGCCGAGUACUCCAUCGCCACUCGGGUGGCAGGCGAGGAUGGGGUAGGUACCGUCGCUGAAAGCUGCAAGGUGAUCGGCACUACCAAAGCCGACUGCACUGUGUCUCUGAGUGUUUCAAUUGCCGGUACCUCAACGACAAUCGUCGACAGUGCGAUCUACACGGGCACCGAUUUCCAUGUGCAUCAAGUCUCGAUUACGGGUGGUGCUGAGAAGACGAAGAAGGUCAACCCGACCGGCGUCUGCGAAGCGCGGCAAAACGGCCCGGGGCCGAACGCUGGCACUGCGAUGUCACCAAAUGUGGUGAGGGUUUGGGGUGCGGUUUUAGUCGUCGGGCUGUUGGGGGUUGCUGCUUUGUGA